CCUCUCGCCUCAGAGGGCGGCGGGGCGGGCCUCCCCUUUUCCGGGGAAGGCAGGGCCUACAGGAUGGCGGCGGCGGCGGCCUGGCUGCUGCUCCCCUUGGCCCUCCUCUUGGGGAGCCCGCCUGGGGAAACGGCGGCGGCGGCACCGGGCCUCCCUCAGGACGCAGAGUUCACCUUCUUGCUGCCGGCCGGGCGCCGCGAGUGCUUCUACCAGGCCGCGCCGGGCAACGGCUCCAUGGAGGUCGAGUACCAGGUUAUUGGUGGAGCCGGGCUGGAUGUGGAUUUCUCCUUAGAAAGCCCUUCUGGGGCCUUGCUGGUCGAUGAGUAUCGGACAUCGGACGGGGUGCACACCGUUGAACCGACAGAAAGUGGUGAUUACAAGCUGUGCUUUGACAACUCCUUCAGUACCAUCUCAGAGAAGUUGGUGUUCUUUGAGCUCAUCUUUGACAGCCCCCAAGAUGAUGAAGACUUGAAUCAUUGGGCAGAAGUGGCUGAGCCAGAAGAAAUGCUUGACAUUAAGAUAGAAGACAUUAAGGAAUCUAUUGAAACGAUGAAGAGCCGCCUCGAGCGAAGUAUCCAGAUGCAGGCACUGCUUCGUGCCUUUGAAGCACGAGAUCGCAAUUUGCAGGAGCACAACCUGAGCCGGGUCAACUUCUGGUCUGCUGUCAACCUCACUGUGCUGCUGCUGGUGUCCUUUCUCCAGGUGUAUUUGUUGAAAAGCCUCUUCGAAGACAAGAGGAGGUUCUGGACGUAGCACAAAAAGAAACAA